UGUACGUUCACCUGAGAUUCAGGACUGAUCUAUAAAUUUGAUUCUGAACUCAUUAGACACUGAAGGAAUCAGUUUCAAGAAAUAAAAUACAGCUUCUUGCUACUUUUGGACAAGAAAAUUGACUAAGCCUUCAUACACUUCUGAAAAUUCUCUGGUUCCUCACAGACUGCAAAGAGCAUUGCCAUGGAGGAGUUUGAAUUCAGUGUAAAACAGCUGCAACCAAACGUCAUCUCUGUAAGGCUCUACAAACGUAAAGUUGGAGGUCUGGGGUUCCUUGUUAAACAAAGAAGAAACAAACCCCCUGUGAUUAUCUCUGAUAUCAUUCGUGGUGGUGCAGCUGAGCAAAGUGGUCUGGUACAGGUAGGAGACAUUAUUUUGGCAGUGAAUGACAGGCCACUUGUUGAUUCUAGCUAUGAAACUGCUUUGGAGAUCCUGCGGCGUAUUCCUUCGGAGACCUUUGUGGUUCUCAUCCUUAGAGGUCCUGAGGGAUUCACAACCCAUUUAGAGACCACUUUCACUGGAGAUGGUACACCUAAGACUAUUAGGGUGACCAGGCCUCUGUGCCCUAAAUCCAAGUCGUCUGAUCUCUCAAGUCAGAGCAUGUACAGCAAAGAUCAACAUAACAUGGUGGACAGUGCCACAAGUUCAGCUGGCUCUUCCUGGCAGGAAGUUCACCAGCUUCUACACUUAAAUGGACUUGACGGAGCCAAGGGUGAUGAUAUCAGCAUCAAUCCUUGUCUUAACGGUGGAGCAGAAAGCAAUGAUAUCCUGAAAGAGAUAGAGCCAGUGGUGAACCUCCUACAGAAUGCAAGAAAAGAGCUAAAUGGAGAUGGUUGUCAACCAAUAGAACAUAAGGAUGCAGAAUGUCAAGCUGACAGUAAAUCUCAGAAACCAACAGGAGGUGAAAAUGAUCAAGUCCUAAGUGAUCUGUGGAAGAACAACAACAACAUGCCGGUGGUUUUGAAUAACCCAUACCUGGAGUCUGAGCUGGUUUCAGCUUCGGGUAGACAUUCCCCGGGAAAGGGCCAGGUCAAUGAAAGCCCUUCCAAGUGUCCUCGUUAUCUGAAAGUUCGGAACUGGGAAACUAACUCCACGCUGCAUGAUACACUGCACUUCAAGGCUUCCAUGCCAACACCUUGUACAGAGCAGUUAUGUAUGGGAGCUGUCAUGACCCCCCCACAGUAUGUGCGCAAACCAGAAGACAUUAGAACGAAGGAACAGCUUCUGCCUCUUGCUAAGGACUUCAUUGACCAAUAUUAUUCUUCUAUUAAAAGAUUUGGCUCUAAAGCUCAUGUGGAGAGGCUGGAGGAAGUCAAAAAGGAAAUUGAAGAAACCGAUACCUACCAGUUACGAGACACGGAGCUGAUAUACGGAGCAAAGCAUGCUUGGCGGAAUGCAGCUCGCUGUGUGGGCCGGAUCCAAUGGUCCAAACUGCAGGUCUUUGAUGCUCGGGACUGCACCACCGCGCAUGGAAUGUACAAUUACAUCUGCAACCACAUCAAAUAUGCCACCAACAAAGGCAACCUCAGAUCAGCGAUCACUAUUUUUCCCCAGAGGACAGAUGGGAAACGUGACUUCAGGAUCUGGAAUGCUCAGCUUAUUCGUUAUGCUGGAUACAAGCAGCCCGAUGGCUCUGUGCUUGGAGACCCUGCUAAUGUAGAGCUGACCGAGAUCUGCAUUCAGCAAGGCUGGAAAGCUCCACAUGGCCGCUUUGAUGUCCUUCCCCUGGUACUUCAAGCAGAUGGCAAUGACCCUGAACUGUUUGAGAUCCCUCCAGAACUCAUCAUGGAAGUCCAGAUCAGGCAUCCAAAAUUCGAAUGGUUUAAGGACUUGGGUUUGAAGUGGUAUGGUUUGCCGGCUGUAUCCAACUUGCUGCUUGAGAUUGGAGGUCUAGAGUUCAGCGCGUGCCCAUUUAGUGGAUGGUACAUGGGCACUGAAAUCGGGGUCCGAGACUAUUGUGACAACUCUCGCUAUAACAUACUGGAGGAAGUGGCCAACCGAAUGAACCUUGACACAAGGAAAAUGUCUUCACUGUGGAAAGACCAAGCACUGGUGGAGAUCAACAUAGCAGUUCUUUACAGUUUUCAGAGUGAUAAAGUAACAAUUGUCGACCAUCACUCAGCAACCGAGUCAUUUAUCAAGCACAUGGAAAAUGAGUACCGUUGUCGAGGUGGCUGUCCAGCUGAUUGGGUUUGGAUUGUCCCACCAAUGUCUGGAAGCAUCACUCCUGUAUUUCACCAGGAGAUGCUCAAUUAUCGGCUCACCCCAUCCUUUGAAUAUCAGCCUGAUCCUUGGAAUACUCACAUAUGGAAAGGUGUUAACGGAACACCAACGAAGAAAAGAGCCAUUGGAUUUAAAAAACUGGCCAAGGCUGUAAAGUUUUCAGCUAAGUUAAUGGGACAAGCCAUGGCGAAAAGAGUGAAAGCAACAAUUCUCUAUGCCACUGAGACAGGAAAAUCGGAAGCCUACGCAAAAACAUUGUGUGAAAUCUUUAAACAUGCUUUUGAUGCAAAGGCCAUGUCCAUGGAGGAGUACGACAUCGUUCACCUGGAACAUGAAACACUUGUCUUGGUGGUGACAAGCACCUUCGGAAAUGGUGACCCACCUGAAAAUGGGGAGAAAUUUGGCUGCGCUAUGAUGGAGAUGAUACAUCCCAAUUCUAAUCUGGAGGAGCGGACGAGCUACAAGGUUCGUUUCAACAGUGUUUCCUCUUCUGCUGAGGCUCGGAAAUCGUCUGGUGAUGAGACAGGACCGAGAGAUAAUUUUGGGAGUGCAGGCCCUUUGGCUAAUGUUAGGUUUUCAGUCUUUGGACUUGGAUCAAGAGCUUAUCCCCACUUCUGUGCCUUUGCUCGAGCUGCCGAUACUCUGCUAGAAGAGCUGGGAGGGGAACGGAUAAUGAAAAUGGGGGAAGGUGAUGAACUUUGUGGGCAAGAAGAAUCUUUUAGAACCUGGGCCAAGAAAGUAUUUAAGGCUGCAUGUGACGUAUUUUGUGUAGGAGAUGAUGUGAAUAUUGAGAAAGCCAACAACUCACUGAUCACUAAUGACCGCAGCUGGAAGAGGAGCAAAUAUCGAAUUAGUUUUGUGGCUGAGGCACCAGAACUCACACAAGCUCUGUACAGUAUUCACAAAAAGAAAGUAUAUGGAGCGCGUAUGUUGUGUCGACAGAACUUGCAAAGCCCAAAAUCCGGUCGGUCCACCAUUUUCCUCCGGCUUCACACCAAUGGACACCAACAGCUGAAGUAUAGACCAGGAGACCAUUUGGGGAUAUUCCCUGGCAAUCAUGAGGAUCUGGUUAAUGCCUUAAUUGAACGACUGGAAGACGCACCUCCUGUCAAUCAGUUAGUGAGGGUGGAGAUGCUAGAAGAAAGAAAUACUGCUUUAGGUGUAAUUAGUAACUGGACAGAAGAGGAGCGGAUCCCACCCUGCACCAUCUUCCAAGCCUUUAAGUACUUCCUAGAUAUAACAACCCCACCUACUCCGAUACUCAUGCAGCAGUUUGCAUCCCUUGCUACCAACGAUAAGGAGAAAACACAGCUGGAGAUCCUGAGUAAGGGCUUGCAGGAGUAUGAGCAGUGGAAGUGGUACAAGAACCCAACUAUUGUUGAGGCUCUGCAGGAGUUUCCCUCAAUACAGAUGCCCUCAUCACUGCUGCUUACACAACUACCCCUUCUACAACCCCGUUACUACUCAAUCAGCUCCUCCCCUGACAUGUAUCCUGACGAAGUUCAUCUUACAGUUGCUGUGGUAUCAUACCGCACAAGAGAUGGGGAUGGACCAAUCCACCAUGGUGUAUGUUCUUCAUGGUUGAACAGGAUACAACCAGAUGAAGUAGUGCCAUGUUUUGUUAGAGGGGCACCAAAUUUCCAGAUGCCACAAGAUCCACAUGUUCCCUGCAUCUUGAUUGGCCCUGGAACUGGCAUUGCUCCUUUCAGAAGCUUUUGGCAACAGCGUCUUUAUGAUAUGCAGCACAAAGGGCUAAAGCCUUGUCCCAUGAUCCUGGUCUUUGGCUGCAGAGAAUCCAAAAUUGACCACAUCUACAAAGAGGAAACCAUGCUUGCCAAGAACAAAGGCGUGUUUAAAGAACUGUUUACAGCAUAUUCCCGGGAACCCAAUAAACCAAAGAAAUAUGUGCAGGAUGUGCUUCGUGAACAGCUGUCUGAAGUCACUUACAAAGCCCUGAAAGAGCAAGGAGGACAUAUAUACGUAUGUGGUGACGUCACCAUGGCAGGCGAUGUACUGAAGAGCCUCCAGCAGAUUGUCAAACAGUGUGGAAACCUUACACCCGAAGGGGCAGGAGCAUUCAUCAGCAAGCUGAGGGAUGAUAACAGAUAUCAUGAAGAUAUUUUUGGAGUCACACUUCGGACAUAUGAAGUUACAAAUCGUCUCAGAUCUGAAUCAAUCGCAUUUAUUGAAGAAAGCAAAAAGGACUCUGAUGAGUAA